GGAAGACACAAAAGAUUGAAAAUGUCUGCGCCCAUUGAGGAUCAACGUGAUCCAAAAGAUAAAUUUCAGGAUAAAGUAAUGGCUCAAACGGAAAGCCUUGAAACACCGGCUAACCAGAAAUCAUCUAAACAACUUCUUUAUUCAGAAAAAUAUUCCGAAGAUCUGCUCUCUGACAGACUGAAUGUGCUUACAGCCAAAGGGAGACAACCACACUUUGGAAUUUCGCCACAGACUUUCAGAGUGCCAAGGAGUUCUGUUCUGGGUCAAGUUAAGAAUUUCCUGCCUCAGAUGGAAGCAGCCAAUCAGAGUUUGAAUGAACUGGUGAAAACUGUGCCCAGAGAUCAGCUGGAUAUAGAGAAUGUUGAUGGCUGCUCAGGACCCAUCAUAGAGAUGAAUCUGGCUCUCAUAGAAACCAACGAUUCGUGUUCCGAUGAAGACUUCAGUGACAGUUCCAGCGAUUCGGACUCUGAUGACUCAGAUGAUUUGCUGUGUGAAAAAAUAUACUCACAUGUGACCGAAGACUCCAUAAAAUUAAAUACAAACUUGCCCAAAAGAAAACCACAUAUUGUAGAACUUGGCAAGAGCAACUCUGAAUCCAGUAACACAAGUGACAUCAUAGAGAGAUAGUUAUGAAAUAAAAUUGUUUUGGAUU